UCUCCUCAUUCUGUCUGGGGAAAACAGAGAGCAGGACGUGGCCCUUCAUUAUCCCUCACAGCUGAAGUUUUCAGGCCCAUAGUCCUGUUCUUUCCUAGGACGACUUAGGAUUUCUGCUAAGAGCCAAAUGUGAAGACUGGCUUACGAAAUCCGGAUCCAAGGAAGCUUGUCAGGGCUCUGCUGGGAGGGCCAGUGCCUUGCUAAACGAGAGAGGAUAAAAAGUUUUAAAAUUCUACAUGAAGCGUACUAUGUUCUGCCAUUCAUUCCCAAAGCUACCGGAAACAUUCCUCCUAGAAAACGUGGAGUUGCUGGUGAGAAGCCAGAGGUGAGAAGACAUCUAGGAGGACAGACUACUCUAUCUUCUGAAUUUCUUAUGUGGGGCUAGUCUUAGAGCCCAGCAAGGCUUUGAGACACCCCGAAGAUGAAUGCCAACAGCAGCACAGUGGGCCAGCAUCCCUGGCAGGGGCCAGUGUGCAUUGGCUGGAAACAGGAUCUGGAAGGGGCUGUCUACCACCUGGCUAACUGCUUCUUGUUUCUGGGCUUCAUGGGUGGGAGUGGGGUAUAUGGAUGCUUCUAUUUCUUUGGCUUCCUGAGCACCGGCUACAUAUGCUGUGUGCUGUGGGGCUGGUUCGAUGCCUGUGGCCUGGACAUCGUCAUCUGGAACUUCCUGCUGGCAGUGGCCUGCCUGCUCCAGCUGGCAUACCUGGUCUACCGCCUACGCAAAGACACCCUCCCUGAGGAGUUUGAUCUCCUCUACAAGACGCUCUGCCUGCCCCUGCAGGUGCCCCUGCAGACAUACAAGGAGAUCGUUCACUGCUGUGAGGAGCAGGUCUUGACUCUGGCCACCGAGCAGACCUAUGCUGUGGAGGGCGAAACGCCCAUCAACCGCCUGUCCCUGCUACUCUCUGGCCGGGUUCGUGUGAGCCAGGAUGGGCAGUUUCUGCACUACAUCUUUCCUUACCAGUUCAUGGACUCUCCCGAGUGGGAAUCACUGCAGCCCUCUGAGGAGGGCGUGUUCCAGGUCACUCUGACUGCUGAGACUGCAUGCAGCUACAUUUCCUGGCCCCGGAAAAGUCUCCACCUUCUUCUAGCUAAAGAGCGAUACAUUUCCCGCCUCUUCUCAACACUGCUUGGCUAUGACAUCUCAGAAAAGCUCUACGCUCUCAAUGAGAAGCUCUUCGCUAAGUUUGGGCUGUGCUUUGACAUCCGUCUCCCCAGCCUCUACCACGUUCUUGGUUCUGCUGCUUCAGAUGCAGGGCCGGAGUCGCAGAAAGAGGAUGAGGAAGUCCAUGAGCGAGCUGCAUCCCCUCCUCGGGCCACGCCCACAUCUGUCCAGCAAGUACCCCCUUGCUCUCCUCUUCCAGUUGCCACCGACCCUCACGCACAGCCUUCCCGGGCCAGGAUGUCUCGGCCUGACAGCGGUGUCCUGGCUUCUAGAAUUCCUCUCCAGAGCUACUCUCAAGUUAUGUCCACAGGACAGGCCCCCUUGGCUCCAAUCCACACUCCUGAACUUUAAGGAUCCAUGAACCAUCUUUUGGGCCACAUUCAGCAUCACAGGAAGGUCCUUGUAUGCGCACCCCUCUUCCCCCCUCCAGAAGGCUCACGGGCAGGUCAGAGCAGACACAGAAGGUGCCAGCACUGCAGCUACUCACAGGGCCCUGGGUGACAGAAACUCACCUCCACCAGAUUUCCUUCCAGGUGAAGGCAUCUGAGAGGGCAAGAAGCACAGGUUCCAUCCUUUACUACUUGGCCAAGUUACAUAGCCUCAUGGGCCUCAUCUGCAAAGUGGGGAUUACGAAAUCCACCUCACAAGGUUGUCAUGAGGAUUACACGAGUUGAUUUGGGUAAAACACCUAGCAUGUGGCACCUAGUAAGCACUCAAUAAAUCAUUCAGUUCCUUUC